ACAUAUGGUUGAGCUUUGCCAUCGUCACAACAUUACAUUACAUUAUUAUUACUACCGCAUUCUUAACUCUAUUGCCAGUAUCGCUUUCGUAUCAAAGCAACUCCUUCUUCUCUUUCUGCUUCUCUCCUUUCACUACCCCAUACUCCUCUCUAUUCCACGUUUCCAUCGCCGCCUCAAAAGUCUUCGUCUCUCUCUCUUUCUCUCUCUCCUAAAUACGAUGCUAUUUUCUCGAUUUUCUAGAAACCUCAGAGCUGCCUUCAAUGGAUGUCGCUGCUAUCUCUCUAUUCGAGACCACAACCACCGCUUUCUUCUCUCUCACUCGCAUAGAGACUCUACUCAACAGGUUAUGAGAGGUUUAAUUUUUUCAAAGGGCUUGCCAGCGUUGUAUAGUAGUAGAUAUCAAAUUCAUCAUCAAAGCAGCUCUCUAAUUGAGGAUGAACUUGAUCCAUUUUCACUGGUAGCUGAUGAAUUAUCACAUAUUGGUAACAAGCUGCGAGAAAUGGUAGUAGCUGAGGUUCCUAAGCUUGCCUCUGCUGCUGAGUACUUCUUCAAAAUGGGUGUGGAAGGAAAAAGAUUUCGUCCCACAGUUUUGUUGUUAAUGUCAACGGCACUAAAUCUACCAAUUCCCCUAGUACCUCCUCCAAUGGAACUUGGAGGUGCUACAAGAAAUGACCUACGUUCAAGACAACAGCGCAUAGCUGAAAUAACAGAGAUGAUACAUGUGGCAAGCCUUCUUCAUGAUGAUGUAUUGGAUGAUGCAGAUACUAGACGUGGUAUUGGUUCAUUAAAUUUUGUAAUGGGAAAUAAGUUGGCAGUAUUGGCUGGAGAUUUUUUGCUUUCCCGGGCUUGUGUCACUCUGGCCUCUUUAAAGAACACAGAGGUUGUAUCUUUGUUGGCAAAAGUUGUAGAACAUCUUGUAACGGGGGAGACCAUGCAAAUGACUUCAACAUCUGAUCAACGGUGUAGCAUGGAAUAUUAUAUGGAAAAGACUUACUACAAGACUGCAUCAUUAAUAUCAAACAGUUGCAAGGCAAUAGCCAUCCUUGCCGGGCAAACAACUGAAGUUGCAGUGCUUGCUUUUGAGUAUGGAAAAAAUCUGGGUCUGGCAUUUCAAUUGAUAGAUGAUGUGCUUGAUUUCACAGGGACAUCAGCUUCCCUCGGAAAAGGCUCUUUAUCAGACAUUCAACAUGGAAUUGUUACAGCUCCAAUAUUGUUUGCGAUGGAGGAAUUCCCCCAAUUGCGUACAAUUGUAGAGGAGGGCUUUGAAAACACCGAGAACGUUAAUAUUGCUCUGGAUUAUCUUGGGAAGAGCCGAGGAAUACAGAAGACGAAGGAGCUAGCCGUGAAGCAUGCUACCCUUGCAGCAGAAGCAAUUGAUUCCUUACCUGAGAGUGACGAUGAAGAUGUAAGAAAAUCAAGGAAAGCCCUUGUAGAACUUACUCAAAUAGUCAUUACAAGAACAAAAUGACAGGAAGGCUUUGUCUCCAUUUUUGUUUUUUUCUUUGUUUUGGUAGCUAAAAGAAGUCUCUCACAGUAAAAAUCAACAGCUAACAAUUUCAGUCACCAUUUUUCAAUUCUUCCAUCAUCCUUCCCCAUUGGGGAAAAUAAGUUAUUCUUAGGAUAAUGUCAUACUGUCACCAUUCCUUUUUCUUAUAUUUAAUCUUUUUCCUUGUUAUCUUUUAUGGUCUCUGUUUUGUUGUUUGUAAACUGAAAUGAUAUACUCGAACUACUCACAGUUUGUUUUAUGUGUACAUCCGAAGUGAAAAAUUAGUGAAGGACAAAGUUAAGAACAAGCUUGUGUUAAA